AUGUUAGUUUCUGUAGCUGUUCUAGUGCUAUUUCGGAUGUACUCAUCCUACGCCGCAUAUUUUUCGCAAUUUUCACUGCGUGAGCCAGAUCAUGAUCCAUGUUAUGACAGUGUUGGGCGUCCGGUGCGCUGUAUUCCGGAUUUCAUCAACGCUGCAUUCGGCAAACCAGUCACUGCCUCUAACACAUGUGGUCAAUCCGGUCCAACCAGGUAUGCUCUCGUCUCUUCGCCAUUUGUAAAAGUUGAUAUCUCAAUUAUAUUUUGGAAUAAGCAAGUAUGCCGAAAGAUUAGUGCACUCCAAAACAAAGUUGUCUCAGUGCUCGAAGCCGAGCCGUCACGCAGAGAUCUGCUAACAAGCCUGGAUUUUUCCUUUUUCAAGGUACUGCUAAACUCGAUUUCGAGCAGAUAUGACAAUUUUAAGAAAAAGCUAAUGGCAAAUGUGAAAUUUAAGGAUCGGCUUCUGGGACAUCAAAGUUCCGGCAAAAUUCCAGUAGGUUACGAGAAAUCUUGA